AUGAGUCAAGACAUUGAAGAAUACAAAGCACUCACAUCAACCCUACUGUCAUUCUACAACUUCCACAAAUAUCAAACCGAACAAAUCAUCAAACCCCGUCUCCUAAAACAACAAGCAUUAACACCCCAAGAAGCUCAAUUAGUCCCCUGGUAUACCAAACACAUUGAAAAUUUGAAAGAAUGCAUAAUCCUCAACACCAAUUUCUUAGAAACAUUAGCCAUAUCUGUCGCCAAUGCAUGGUCAGUUCCCUCUGAUCCGCAAAGUUGGGAACCUGCCACUGAACGAGAUUAUGACGUGGUGGCGACCACGUUAUUACAGCUCAUGAGAGAAUGGAGUGAUGAAGGUCAGAAGGAACGUGAGGUAUGUUAUGGAAAGAUCUUGGAUGAAUUGGAAUCGAUAUAUCCUGAUAAACUCCAACGACAAAAUAUAAAAAUCUUGAAUCCAGGAACACCUAAUCCUUCUAACAAUAACCUUAAUCAAGUUUCCCCAAAAACCUGA